AUGGAAGCUUGCCAAUACGAUACAAGUUUAUAUAUCAUUGUUGAUAAUCCACUUCAUGCUGCGGAGACUCUUAAUUCUGAUAUGAAAAAAAUUACAGAAUGGGCAAAUGGUUGGCUUGUAGACUUCAACUCAAGUAAAACGGAAUCAAAAUAUGCAUUCACAUAUUGUAAAAAUUCACUUUUGAAGCAAGAGGUGAAUGGUCUGAACGUGUGGACAACGUGUGUGUUUGUAGUAGGUGUAAUAGCUGGGUCAGGAUUUCUCACCUUACCUAAAGCAAUUGAAGAUUCUAGGUUGAUAGGCUUUCUUCUGGUCGUUUUGUGUUGUUUCGUUUCCGCGUAUACAGGGGACAUUUUAGGCAAGUGCUGGACUAUUGUUAGGGACAGACAUCCAGAAUUUAGGAACGGAAAGGUUCGAUAUCCGUACCCUGCUAUAGGCGAGGAAGCGUUCGGUAAAUGGGGCAGUGCCGUCAUAUCGUGCUCCAUUAACUUUACAAUGUUUGGCACAACCGUCGUUUACAUUCUGCUCGCUGCCGGUAACAUUGUUGAGCUUCUUCCAGCAGACAGCAAGUGGACUUGUUGUUAUAUUUCACUCAUCAUAUGGGGUGUCAUGACACCGUUUACCUGGCUAGGUACACCGAAGGAUUUCUGGGGUAUUGCUGCAGGCGCAACGCUGGCAACGACAACCGCCAGCUUUAUAUUGUUUGGAGUAGUGAUAAACUAUAGUAAAGAAAUUGACGUCAGUGACGUAAAGCACACUCAUGUUGACGUCAUAUCGUUCUUCACA